UCGACAGCGCGUUUCUGUUCAAGCACGCCAAGGGACUACCAACCAGACUAGAUUGAUCUCAUCACUAUAUUUAUCACUACCAUAUAAAUAUAUUUAGUCGCUCAGGGUCUGCUUGCUGUUUAGGCUAUAGUUUUCUUGUGCGUUUGUGGCUGUAAAUUCGCCAGGGCAACCAGACCCUGAUUCUUCUCCUGCCGCAAUCCGGCGGGUGUUAAGAUCCAUGGAAGUGGUCGGUAUUUACGAAAGGGACUGCCUUGCUUUCCACACUGGCAACAGUAUCAGUCCCGUCAACAACGGCGUGUACAAGCAAUCCACUGACGGCUCGAUGACGAAACUUGGUAUCUCCGAGAACGAGAAGGCGAUAGAUUUCAGCAUCUACUUGGACUCCGCUCUUCAGUACCAGCAGCUGGUGAGCCAGGGCGAGGUGCAGCCCGAGCACCGCGACGGGGAACUCUUCUCUGACUUUCUUUCUGAGGACGUCAAGACCAAGAGGGCUGCGGCUCUACAAAAUUACAAGAACUACAUAUCACUGGCUGACCACGAACCCAACCAGCUCGGUUACCCUGAACUGCAGGAGACGCGGGUCGACACGGUUUUCAGCCCGGACUUUCUCGGCAGUUUUGGGAAGAAUCCCUGGCGAGGCGACUUGAACGAAGACCCACGAAUGGAUAAUUCGGGAGGCUUUGACAUGCGCUCGUAUCUGCAGUACCAGGCGGCUCCUAGCGGGAGCCUCGGAAACAUUUCCACAGCUUCUUCCUCUUGCUCCAGCCCCCCAGGUACACCAGCCCCGCCAGGUAAGGGUAGUUCACCUCAGCCUGGCGGCAAAAUGCCCUCGGUUGGCAAAGGGAAGAAGAGACUGGACAAGGACAGUGAGGAGUAUAGGCAACGCCGGGAGAGGAACAAUCUUGCCGUGCGCAAAAGCAGGGACAAAGCCAAAAUGCGCAAUCUCGAGACGCAGCAUAAAGUGCUGGAGCUCGCCGCCGAAAAUGACCGUUUACAGAAGCGCGUGGAGCAGCUGUCACGAGAGUUGGCCACGCUGCGAAAUUUGCUCUCCGCUACCGGUCAGUGCUAACAGUAGGCUACGCCAUCUACGCUUGGAGAAAGCGGCUGGUACUUCAUGAGCCUUUAUACAGAUGACUGUAAAACUGGUUCUAACAAGUGUACAUUUUACAAAUGAGUUAAUUCUAAGUGGCAACAGUUCUUCAUAAAAAUGUUUUGUUUACAAGCGCGAGAGCAUAUAAAGUGGACUUGGCGCCUGGAUUGCGCAACAGUAUCCCCAUGCUUGGUGACUUGUCACUAUCGUGUUCUGGAAGCCCUAUCAUGUAUUUGGUCUGUACAGUAUUUUUGUACGGGUGAAAUAUCUACUGUUUAAUACUCUUGUUAUUUAAAUACCUUUUCCCCAUAUCUGGGGCAGUGGCCGUCAAGGGAAGAGUUGUACUGCAGAGGUAUGAUGCAACUCAUUGUAACAGUAUUGGCAAUGCAAUGAAGUAGUGUGCAAAAACGAAUAAGGGUACAUAUGUUCUAAUGCUAUAAAAUAUUUUAUUGAAUUAAAUGAUUUUUACUUCUCUUUGAA